AUGAAUACUUUAACAAAAAUUGCAAAACAAUUUUGUAAAUAAAUUAAAGAAAAAAAAGAUGAUAUUUUAAGCAGUGAUACAUAUAUUUAUGCAAAACAAAAACUUUAAAUAAUCAAUGAUCCUAAAUUUAUUCAGAAAACUAUUAAAAUAGAAGAAUCUGCUAAAGCUAAAAAUUAUUAUUUAACAAGUAAACAAUUUCCAAUUUUACUUUGUGCUGGAACAUUAUUCUUCUAUCAUUUAUGGUAAGUAAUGCCAUAUUCCAAAAUAUUUAAACAUACUUCUAUAAGUGAGUAUACUAAAGACCUUCUUUAUCCAAUUUUAUUGGCUCCUUCAUCUCAUUAAACUACUUAAUCCUUUUUAACAUAUGUCCCAGCUUUAAUAUGUGGAUUGUAUUUAAAUGGUUAUUAUAUGAAUUACAAAGGAAUGAUAGGAUUGUACUUAAUUAAUAGUUUAGUAUAAUUAUUUAAUUAUUUAGUUAAGUAGUGCUAUAACAUUUUAUUAUGAAAAAUAUAGAAAUUAACAGUUAGGAAUAUCAAUGAUGUCACCAAAAACAACUGGAGCUUGCACAGCUUUAGCAUAUAUCUUUUCAUUUGUUGUCCUCUAACCUGAAUAUAUGAUAAGAGUAUUUUAAUUAUACUAUCUAGAAAAAAUUUCCCUUUGCUAUCUUUCCUUUGUUAUAUAUUAUUUAUGAAAUUGAAGAAUUUUUAAUGGAUGAUCAAUAAAAUUGUAGACCAGCUCACAUAGCAUCUAUGAUUAUAGGGGCUACAUAUGGGCUUAUCUUUAAAAAAUAUUACAAAUUUUUAUGA